AGACUGAAGAAGAAGAUGCUGUGGGUAGACAAGUACCGACCCAAAACCCUAGACCAGGCAACUGUCCACCAAGACAUCGCCCAAAACCUCAAGAAACUCGUUGCAGAGCAGGAUUGCUUCCAUUUGCUUUUUUAUGGCCCUUCCGGCUCCGGCAAGAAAACCCUCAUCAUCGCCCUCCUCCGUCAGGUUUUCGGUCCCAGCGCCGAUAAGGUGAAGGUGGAAAAUAGGACAUGGAGAGUUGAUACAAUGUCAAGCACAAACCAUAUUGAACUGACUACAAUGUCAAGCACAAACCAUAUUGAACUGAACCCCAGUGAUGCAGGCUUUCAGGACAGAUAUAUUGUCCAAGAGAUAAUUAAAGAAAUGGCUAAAAAUAGGCCCAUUGACACAAAAGGGAAAAAAGGAUACAAAAUCUUAGUGCUGAAUGAAGUUGACAAGCUUUCAAGAGAAGCGCAGCAUUCUCUUCGAAGAACUAAGGAGAAAUAUAGUGCUUAUUGCCGGCUAAUACUAUGCUGUAACAGUUCUUCAAAGGUUACUGAAGCAAUCCGGUCUCGGUGUCUAAAUGAGCGAAUAAAUGCGCCAGCAGAAGACCAGAUUGUUAAGGUAUUGGAGUUCAUUGGAAAGAAGGAAGCGAUGCAACUUCCUUCUGGAUUCGCUGCUCGUAUAGCUGAAAAAUCAAAUAGGAGCUUAAGUAGAGCUAUAUUGUCAUUAGGAACUUGUCGUGUUCAACAGUAUCCCUUAACAAGUAACCAAGCAAUACCCCCAUUGGACUGGGAGGAAUAUGUUUCUGAAAUCGCCUCUGAUAUAAUGAAGGAGCAGAGCCCAAAAAGGCUUUAUCAGGUGCGGCAGAAGCUGUAUGAGCUACUUCUAAAUUGUAUUCCUCUAGAGAUCAUCUUGAAGAGGCUGCUUUAUGAGUUAUUGAAGAAAUUGGAUGCAGAACUGAAGCAUGAGGUCUGCCAUUGGGCUGUGUAUUACGAACACAGGAUGCGUCUUGGGCAGAAAGCUAUAUUUCACCUUGAAGCAUUCAUGGCGAAGUUCAUGAGCAUCUAUAAGGCUUUCCUCGUUGAAGCGUUUGGCUGAACACUGCACUAGCAUGGUUUCCCAUCGACCUGAAAUGUAUUUGUUCAACUUGAUGGCAAUGAAUUGUGCACACAGUACGGUGGUUAUCGUGUCAGUUGAUGUUAUGGAUGACGUGCAUUGCCAGCAUCGUUGGCAGCCGAGGAUGGUAUGGCUCAAUCCCAUCCCCUUACGGUGGUCUUCUUCGUUUGCUGGGGGAUCUCGAAAACCAGAUGUCAAUGUGUUUUUUAACACAAAUCCCCGUCUCCAUUCACUACGGCAAGGAAGGCCAACGUUGCUGCUUGGGAGUUUCUUGCCUCUACGCCCACUCCCGGUUUGGGACCUUCUCGUUGACCAACAAGUGUUACAAUUUGGGCCCCUUGUGCUUCUUUUGUGAAAGUAAAUUUUGAUGGAUCUCUCUCGUUGCCCAACCGGGAGAUGGGAGUGGCUGUCGGAAUCCGUGAUCAUAUGGGUACCGUUGUGGGUGGGCAUGGCACCCGCGGGAUGGUUGCUUCCCCUCUGGGAAGUGGAGGCUCGUGCUGCGGCUUUGGCAGUAUCAACGGCAAUUUCAAAAAAGUAUACCAAGGAAUCUCUCUCAUCGUUUCCAGUCCUGCAAGUGGACCUCGAUCCCCCGCCAAGCGAAUUCCGUGGCCGACUGAGUUGCAUCGCAUUUUAAAAUAGGAAUGUGCCUGGAAGUCUGGGUGACCAGACCCCUAUCCACUCUAGUUUAUAUCCUAUCAUUAGAUGGUCUGCCAUGUCCACAUUAGGUGUUUAUAAUGGUUAUAGGCAGGGGAUCCCCUUAGUUCUGUGUUUGUUUUCCUUGGUCCCCUUCCCCUAUAAUCAUUACGUUUUACUCAGGGCCGGCCCAGGCCCAGUGCCGGCUGGCGAUUGUUAGGGGCUCAAAAAAAUUGGGGCACCAAAAUUAUUAUGGUGGUAUGCUCAUAUAUAUUUUCAUAAAAGGAUAAAUAUUUAAAAUUUGGAAAAUUAACAAAGAAAUUUAACUAGAAUUAACGGUUUUUGUUGUUUGAAAUUAAUGAGAGGUCAUGGGUUCAAAACAUCAUGAGUGUUUAUUUACUUUACAAAUUUCUUUUGAGAAAUUUUAUUUGAACUCAUCUAACAUUUUUUUACACCUAACUUACUCUUUACACCCACAUAAUUUUUUAUUAAAUUAUCAAUAUCUCUUUAAACCCAAAUUUACUACCUAAACUAUCCUCACAAACCCAAUUCAAUAUGUAAAUUUAUCUUAACACCAAUUUGAAAAAUAAAAAACCAAAAUCAAAACAUUCUCUCCUUCCAACAAUUGCUUUCGAUGGAGUCUCUGUCACCCUCUAUAGUGUUGCCCUCGAUAAAUCUUAGGUUGCUUUGCAUGACCAUGUCAAACAAGAUGUCCCCUCUAAACUACCCUCUUGCAUUUAUUGUGGCUUCUCCAACUUACUUGGUAGUGUGUGCAUAUAUUUGAGUUAAGAGUUCAUCAUGUUUGUACAGAAAAGCCUCAUUGAGUUUGAGUUUUAUCCAACUGUUGUAACGUACUUGGUAGGCUGCAAAAACAACACUAAUGAACUUAAAGAUUUUUUUAAUAUCUUUUUUAUUUAUUAGUCUGCAUGGAUUUUAUAAGAGUUAUAUGUAGACCACAUUCAGAUUCGGAAGAUUGAUGUAUGUAUAACAUUAAUUUGCAUAAUUCUUACCGGUGAAGAAAAUUACGGUUCAAGAGAAACUUGAAAGAUUAGCAAGACGAAGAAACACGAACUAUUGUGAUGUCAAAGAAAGAAGUAUUAAAAAAUGAUGAAACAAGUACACGAAUGUAAAUUGAAGAACCACAUUUUCUUAUAACAUUAUGAGUUUGUGAACACCACAUUAAGUUCAACCAAAAA